AUGGUAGUGGAGCAAGAUUUGGUAAAGUACCACAGUGAGCUGAAGGAGUUCCUGAAGAAAAAUUCCCCAAAAUCAAGGGCAUCAUCGCAUGUCACACAGGGUAAGGAAAAGCUACUAAGGUAUUCCCGUGGACAGUUUUGUGAGCUAUGCACAGACGUCUACGAUGAGAUGAAGAGAAGAAACGACAGAACGAAUCAGGAGCCAGAUCAUUUGCUCCCCAAAACGACUUUUCAUCCCAAGAGAAAUCAAGCAAGAAAGAUUUUGUCCUCCUUAACAUUUGCUCGCUUCACGGAUCUCGUAAUGGACACUGUUUCAGAAAUUGAGAGAAGAGAGUUGCAUCUUCCCACUAAACCAGAGGAGAAUAACGGAAACAUUCUUAGGUCCGCCCAAAAUGACGACAUUCCAGUCGGUGACACUAGUUUGGAGUCAGUCAAGAGAGACAGCAUAGAUGAUCCAGUAACUCAAGAUUUAAAGAAUGCCCAACUUGGGAUCAGGACGAAAAACGUAGUUCCAAACAAAACAACGUUGGCUUGGUCGAGCGACGAAGAGGAUGAGGAUAAUGAUGACGAAAACGAGAUCACUCGUGGCCACGGCUUUGAUUCUAUAUCUUCUCCCGUGCGUGUUGAGGGAACUGCUUCCCCGCAAGAUGUCCAGAAAAUGAGUACUAAUAGAUUAUCAGAUGAUCUCAAUCAGCUGGAUUUGUCUUCAAAAAACCCUUCAGUUUCCAUUCCUCCAAGGCUGAAUGUAACGACUAGUCCUGAUUUAAACCUAUCCGCUGCCAGGGGCGUUCCAAAUAUAGGAUCCCCUCAACAAAAGAGCAAAUCUAUCAUGUCGGAGGAUUCUCCAAAGUACAAUGAAGUGUCCCAGCUUGAGAAAGAGCUCAAUACACUAAAAGAAGAGAAUGCUAGGUUAGAGGAGGCUUUGGAUAGCUUCAAAAAAAAUCAGGCCGCCUCAUCUGAAACAGACACUGAGAUUCAAAAUUUGAAACAGACUAUUGAAAAACUAGAACUUGAAAAUAAAGAGAAACCUCUAUUAAUGGACUCUUUGAAGAAUGAUGAAAACACCCUCUCAUUGUUAACCGAAGAGAAUGCCAGUUUGAAAGAGAAAAUUUUAUCUUUGCAAUCCGAGCUUGAAAAAAAUCACAUAUCGAACAACAUUUCAACUACUAACUCCACUAAUGAAGAAACUCCAGAGUCAGAGCUGAAGCGACGAUCUAAUCAAUCCACUAUUCAUGAGCAAGAAGUUGGUAAAUGGCAGAAGAGGUAUGAAACUUUGAGGUCUACGAUGGUGGCUGAACAAAUCUCUGUGCCAGUGAGUACUGAUGAUCUUAAUAAGUUUUUUAGUCCUCAAGGCGUCAUUUCCAAGAAAGCAAUUUCAGAUCUUCUUGCUUCAGUAGAGGCGUUCCUACUGAUCCUUCAUAAAGACGUUGUAGAUCCAGAAAACCUGUUUUCAGGUAUUUCGUCAGUGGCUGUCAAUGCCAGUGUGAUCAUCAGCGAAGUCGACUCAAUUUCUUACCACAAGAAGAAGAAGAGUCCUUUGAAUGCUGCCAUCUCCAAUGCAAUCACCUCAGUUCGUUACUAUGCCAUCUACAAGUCUGUAUUUUCAAAAGUGGCUGUUGACAGUGCUAUUAGUGCCAUUCUCUACACAACAUGUGACUUGGUUGCAAUUUUAAAGAUUCAGACCAACACCAAUGCUUCCAACACUCUUGAAAAUGUAGCAACUGAAGAGACCGCAUCAUCGCGUGCAGAAGUGGCCGAUUACAAUCUUAGCCAAGACUCGUUGAAUGUAGAUGAUGAUAAAGACACGCUUGUUAGGCCUUUAAAGAUUACCCAGAGAAUUUCUUCUAACAAAACAAGUGGUGAUAUUCUACCUUCUCCUAUAGCUACCAACGUUCUCGGGUUCAUGUCUCCUAUAUCCACAUCAUUCGGUCACAGAGCUGUAAAUUCUCAAGUUUCGCCAGAUAGUGAAACUAGCUCUUUUGAUGUUCAAUUGGAACGUGAUAGAUUACUUGAGCGAGCAACGGCUGUGGACUUGAAUCAGAACGGUAACACAGAAUCGAAUCCACAUACUCCUAAGACCACGUAUCCUCCAGCUUCAAAGCAAUCAACUGAAAGUUCCAAAGAAAAUCCACUAAAUGGCAAUUCCCAAUCCCCUGAUGCUAGAGCUUCUCGUGGUUCUCGAGGCUCUAUUCUGAAUAGGGUUAAACAACUUGAGACAGCGUCUCAGGACAAUGAACCAGAAAAGAGCAAGCAUUCGUUCAAAAGAUCCAGUGUCGAUGUCAGUGACGCUUUUAAUAAGUUUGGAGCCAAGAGAAGAUCGGUUGACUCUAAUUUCUCUUCUCAAAGGAAUUCAAUUGACACCAAAUCUUCUACAAGAAACUCGGUCGACAUAACUUCAGUUUCCAAAAGCCCAUAUGACGCUACUUUAAAUCAAGAUAGCUCUGUCGCAGGAUCUGAUUCAAAUGCACUUGGAAUAUCUGUGGGCGCAACAAACAAUUUACCAGAUCCCCUACCACAAGAAUCGUAUGCUAGACCCAAUUCCAUUGAUAUAGACGACAAUACUAACGAAGUUACAGUUGACUCUGUCGAACAGCUCAAGAUACAUUCACCCCAGAAAGAUGUCAAGAUACCAGGAACGUUUGAAAGUAAUGCACAGAAUGAUGAACCAAAGAAACUAAACUCAAAUGGUGGUUCAGACCAUAUUAUCACACCAAUGAGGUUAAGGAAAAUUGAAUCAGCGUCUUCUAGGGCUGACUCAAUAGGGCAGAAAAGUCUUCCUCCGUCACCUAAGCAAGAGCCUAAGAUAAUAUCGAACACAGUUCAAAGUGCAUUGAUGACUCCACCAGAGACUGCUGUUGCAACGGACAAAUCUGAGAAUUUGCAUCCACAACAGUUUGAAGAAAACGAAGAAGAGGCCGAAACAUUUGAUGUGCAGAAUUUUGAUAUUCUUAAUCCCGACAACACGUUGAAACAGUUACUAUUAUACCUGGAACACCAGACAGUAGAUGUGAUAUCCACAAUUCAGACGCUUCUCAAAUCCAUUAAGGAUCCUGAUGCUACCAGAGGGGAAUUAAGGAUGAGUGCUAGCGCAAUCCACAAGGUAAUCGAUCAAAUGACCGAAGCUACAAAUAUUUCCAUGAGCCAAACCCGAAAUGGUCAAUUGAGGGCGCACGGCUCGUGGGUUGUUCAGAGUUUGGACGGCUGUUCCCGCCGAAUGGCUGCGCUUUGCGUCUUCAGAGAUGAUGAAAAUGACUCCGAUUAUGCAGACAAGAAUUUCAAGCAGCGUCUCGCAGGAGUAGCCUUUGAUGUUGCCAGAUGUACGAAGGAGUUGGUGAAAUCAGUCGAGGAAGCCAAGAUUAAGGACGAUAUAGCUGUUCUAGAUGCCCGUCUUUCCGGAGAACAUGUCUUAUAA